CGGUCACCAGUCGCUACGCCACAACGAUCAUCACAAGCCGUGUGGCGAACACACUGAAUGAAUCUCAAGAGAUCCAGUUUGAGGUCAAGAUACCCAAGACUGCCUUCAUCAGCAAAUUCAGAAUGACAAUAGAGGGGAAGACAUGAUGAUGGCGUUGUUAAGGAAAAAGAGGACGCUCAGCAGCAAUACAGUAAAGCAGUAUCUUGAGGACAAGUGCUGGACUAAUCAAAUCACCAUGGACAAAGCUGCACUGAGACUAACUUUGUUUGGCCUUCUGUUCACUUGUGUCAACUUGGCUCCUAAGAAGAAACAAGAUAUAGAUAUUUUCAGCUUCCACAUUAACUCUGUGAUCACCAGCCGCUACGCUACCACGGUCAUCACAAGCCGUGUGAAAAACCUGUUAGCUCAAUCUCAAGAGGUCCUUUUUGAGGUCAAGAUACCCAAGAAUGCAUUCAUCAGCCAGUUUAGAAUGACCAUAGAGGGGAAGACAUAUGAUGGAGUUGUGAAGGAAAAAGAGGAAGCUCAGCGGGAAUACAGUAGAGUAGCAUGUCUAGGACAAAGUGCUGGACUGGUCAGUUUCAUUGGUGUUGGAAGGACUUUUGAAGACUUUAAAACAUCAGUGACAGUAGCUGCUCUCAGUAAUGUGACCUUUGAGUUGACCUACGAAGAACUGCUAAAGCGUCAGCUUGGCAAAUAUGAGUUACUCAUCAAUGCCCAACCGAUGCAGCCGGUGUCAGAUUUUGAGAUUGACGUACACAUCCAUGAGAAUCCAGAAAUUUCUUUCUUGGAGGUCAAAGGUGGUCUGAGCACUAAGGAUCUGAACAAUGCUGUCUCAGCCUUCAAAUUAGAAAAAGAUGCAUGGGUGAAGUUCUUACCCACUCGUAAACAGCAAACAGAGUGUGACGAUUGUAGUGAAAAUGGUCUGAAUGGCAACCUGAUCAUUACAUAUGAUAUUAAGAGAUUUAAACAAAGAGGAGAUCUGGAGGCAUCAAAGGGCUACUUUGUCCACUGCUUUGCACCUACAGAUAUUCAGUACAUUUCCAAUAAUGUGGUGUUUAUUAUUGACCAGAGUGGCUCCAUGUCGGGCAAAAAAAUGGAGCAGACUCGUUUGGCAAUGCUGAAGAUUUUGAGUGACCUUGCAGAGGAUGACCACUUCGGAUUGAUUACAUUCAGUGAUCGAAUUCGAACCUGGAAACCUGAACUUCUCAAAGCCACUAAAGGAAAUGUGGAAGAAGCAAAGAUGUUUGUGAAGGGGAUUACAAGUGAUGGAAACACAGACAUGAAUGCUGCACUGCUAAAAGCUGUGGACAUGAUCAACAAACACCAACAAGAGGGAUCUGCAUCCAAAUUGAUCCUGUUGACUGAUGGAGAUCCCACUGCAGGUGAGACCAACCCAGUGGAGAUUCAGAAAAAUAUAAAAAAGGCCAUUGGUGGAAAAUUCCCUUUAUACUGUUUGGGUUUUGGGAAAAAUGUCAUCUUUGAGUUCCUGGAGAAGUUGUCACUGGAAAAUAACGGUGUUGCUCGCAGGAUCUAUGAGGAUUCUGAUGCCGAUCGACAACUGCAGGACUUCUACAAGGGAGUGUCCACUCCACUCUUGACUGAUGUCGAGCUUAGCUACCAAGGAGUGGACGAUGUAACCCAAAACACUUUUAGCCAGUACUACAGCGGUUCUGAGAUUGUGGUGGCUGGUCGUAUCAUUGAUAACAGUUUGAAAAUGUUCACCACUGAAGUCUCUGCAUUAUCGAAAAAAACUAAAAUGGUGUAUCAAAUUAGUGUACCUAUACAGAAACAAAACAGUGACAGACCUGGACAGGCGAACUUUACUGAAAGAUUAUGGGCCUUCCUUACAGUAAAGCAGCUACUGGAGAAAGAAGUGACUCUACAAGGCCUGGAACAAAACAAAGCAAAGACAAAAGCUAUUGAUCUUUCUCUGAAGUACAAAUUUGUCACGCCGCUAACAUCAAUGGUGGUCACCAAACCCCAGGAUCAGAAAAUACAGGUUGUCCACAAACCCAAAGAGGGAGAGAAACCAACUAUUCCACCAACAUCGUCAGACUUGGUACCCUGUGAGUUUGGAGGAGAAAUAGAAGCAGUCAUGGUCUUUUUACCAGCUCAUGUGACAACCUCUCCUCCAUUGAAGAGCAUUAGGAUUUUGAAAUCUUCUGUUAAUGCUAAGCCACUUUGUUACGAUGUUCAUCAUGUUGCUCAGAAAUUCAGGCUCCUACAAAAUGACCUAUCAGAGUUUUCAAUGAAUGGCCAGCUUGAGACAAUUGGAGGGAAAGGCUUCAGUCAGAUUGCAAUUCGUUACAAAACGCAUCACCAUCUGCUGCUCAGCACUAGUGAGAUUUCGUACUUUGAUGGACAGGACACUGUGAGGUUUUCAUGGGAUCAAGGCGUCACCUACCAUGAGACAGAACACGUGUCUCUGAUUCUGCGGAGUAAUAAAAUGGACGUUACCAUGGGAAACAUCCGAGUUGUCAUUCUUCUUCAUAAGAAAGAUGAAGUUUUUCUGUGGCCUGCAGUUUGGCAACAGCCAAAAGAUGCCGGUUUCACAGGAAUUUUAGGAGAAGCUGAUAUUUCAUAUGAGGAAAUCCCAGGAUCACAAACACCAUCUUUAAAGUUAAAGGACAAGGAAGUGAUGACAUCUUGGGAGAUGGUGACAGACUACAGACUUUCUUUUGCUCCUGUUGUUGGAUGUUGGCUCGUACCAUUCCGGGUUGUUGCGCAGCGGGAGCUGUCUGACUUCACUGUCACUCAGACCAUAGAGAGGAAGACAUAUGAUGGUGUGGUGAAGGGAAAACAGGAAGCUCAGCAGCAGUACAGUGAAGCAGUAUCUCGAGGACAAACCACAGACAUAAACGCUGCAGUUCUAGCAGGAGUGGACAUGAUCAAUCGACAUCCACGAGAGGGAACCGCCUCCAUCCUGAUCCUACUGACUGAUGGACAUCCCACUUCAGGUGAAACUAACAUAGAGAGGAUAAUGGCCAAUGUGAAAGAGGCCAUUGGGCUGAAGUUUCCCCUCUAUUGUCUUGGUUUUGGACAUGAUGUUAACUUUGACUUCCUGACAAAGAUGUCACUGGAAAAUGGUGGAGUUGCUCGCAGGAUUUAUGAAGAUUCGGACGCUGAUCUACAGCUGCAGGGCUUCUAUGAGGAAGUUGCCGUCCCUCUCCUCACUGAUAUUCACCUUAAAUACACAGGAGGGACAAACCUUACCAAGACCAGCUUUACCCUGUACUUCAACGGCUCUGAGAUUGUGGUAUCAGGACAAAUCACAGACAACAGUGUGGAGAGUUUCACCACUGAAGUCAUUGCAGUAUCAAAAGGCAGUAGUGUGACGUAUCAAGACACUGUAAUGAUAAAAGACCCCAGUGAUGUCCCACCUGAGAAUGAAGAUUUCAUGCAGAGACUGUGGGCCUACCUGACAGUCAAGCAACUUCUAGAAAGGCAGGUGCUUCUUAAAGGACAAGAGAAAGAGGAUGAAGAGAAAGAAGCUCUCAAACUCUCUCUGAAAUACCAGUUUGUCACCCCCCUCACCUCUAUGGUCGUCACAAAGCCACAGGAAGAUGAAGUGGAAGUUGCUGACAAACCCAAAGAGGGAGGAGAGGAUCCUAGACCUCCAGUAAUGGGUUUCUGACCUUCAUCUCCUGCAU